CACAAACUGUCACAUGAUUUUCACCUGACAUUUGCUAGCUUCUGCGAAAAAAUCUAUCGACGAGAAUUCCAAUUUAAAAGGAACAUAUUUACACCACCGUCGAGCAGCGUUUAACGAAGCUAGCAAAAUGAAAAUUUGUGGUCCGAAAUGCUCCCUCUGCGGAUUGAUUAUCUCCGUUUGGGGCAUUGUGCAGUUGGUGCUGAUGGGAUUGUUCUUUUACAUACACAGUGUGGCUUUAAUUGAGGAUUUGCCACUCGAGGAAGAGUACAAAACCUUAGAUGCGUUCUAUACAGCUGCGAAUAGUGCAUACAAUCAGAAUGCCUAUAACUGCUGGAUUGCGGCGUGCAUUUACGUGCUGACUCUGUUGCUCUCUGCGCAGCAAUUCUACAUGAAUAGCAGAGUAACUGCCAACUAAAAUCUGUGCUUCAACUUCAAAAUGCAUCCAUUAAAAAAAAUUAUUUGUGCUAUCGUCGCUGAUUGCAUCUAACCACAAUUAGUAUUGAAAUGUUUAUUUAAAGUUGAAGAAAUUUGUUUAUUUACUGUAUAAUAUCCCCAAAGUUUUGUUGCUAAAGUUUAAAUUGCAUUGAAUAUGAUAAUGUUUAAGUAAAAUGUAUGUAUAAAUAUGUACGUAAUACAAUUGUUUUGUUCAUGAUAAUCACAUUCCUUCAAUAGUUCAAUUAUUUUCUUUGUAUCGGUCAAACUUGUCAAGCCAAUUAAAGCAACAAGAGCAAUAAUUUUGUAUCAACUAGAUCUGCCUUCACUAAUGACCAUCUCAGAGUUAAUUUAUACCUAAAUUGUACGUCAGUUAAAUCAAGUGUAUAAAGGUUUUCCGUAAGCAAUGCCAAUGAGUGAAUCAAGUUGUCACUGGCAUCGUAUUCCUGGGGUGGUUACUCAACAUCUUAAUUUCGUUCAAAUUGUAAAAUCUACGAAAUAAAUAUAUAUUGAACUAAA